GCGCCCGCCUGGCAGUCAGUAGUUGGCGAAGUGUCCGCCAGGGAGUUGUGUUUUGCAUUUCGUCGUGUCAAGCGCCGUGGCCACGGUGAAUUCCCGUUCGUGUCGAGGGAAAGCUGAUUUCGCCGUCCGUCAGCUUCGUCUCGAGUAAAAGCAUAACAACAUAUUGAACGAAAAUCUAACGAUGGACGUGUCUCUGUUGCUCCAGCAUUCCCAAUACGCGAUACCAGUGGGCAUCGUUUUAGUCUGCGCUAUCCUUGUGUUCGUCUUUGGCUUUAAAAAUGCCGAGCAACCGCCGUUCGCUCAGCUCUCGUCUAGCUCCGACGUGGACCGGAAGCUAGCUGGCAAGAAACGAAGCAAGAUCAGGGAAAAGCGUUCAGCUAAUGGACAAAUUGCUACCGAGAAGGCUAGUCCGGUUAAGAAGGUCUCACCUGUCAAGGCAGAGCCUGUUAAGAAAUCUGCUGCUAAGUCUGACGAUGUCGAUGGCAAGUUGAAGGAGCAGAAACAAGAUGAUAACAAACCUAAUGCUGGUAAAAAAGAGAAGAAUCAGGCUGCUCCUAAAUCAGGAAAGGAAAAUAAGGUGGAACAGGCGAAGAAUAAGAAGAAUCUUGCUCAAGAAAAACCAGUUGAUUUUGAUGAUGGAGGCUGGGAGCAGGCAUACUCCAGAAAGGACAAGAAGAAUAAGAAGAAAGAUGAGGAGACCCCAUCGAAGAAAAGUAAGAAGGCAAAGAAGACAGACUUGAUAAAUGAGGUUACUAAGGAUAAAGAGCAAGAGAAACCUGAGAUUAAGGAUAAAGUGGCCAAGGAGACUGAAAAUAAGGAAUUAAAAGAAAAAGACAAGAAAGAAGUAAUUCUUACUCCAAUAACCGCUGAUCCUACACCCGAGGAAAAAGUUUCUGAGAGGAAAGAAGAAGUUGCAGUUCCCAAGUUGUUAACUCAGAUCGAAAAGGUGGAGAAGGUAGAAGAAAAGAAAAGCAAAGCAAAGAAAGGAAAGAAAGUCAGCGAGAGUGAGGGUACUCCACCAAUUUCUGAAUCACCAACUCCAAGGAAGGAUGAGAAGCAUGUCGAGAAGGUAGCAGAAAAGAAGAUGAUCGACGAAAGCAAGAAGAAGCCAGAGAUAAUGGUAGAGCCACCGAUAGAAGAAAGAGUUGAAGAGAAAGCUGCUCUGGCAUUCGAUGAACUUGGAGACGUGUGGACGGAAGCAAAGCCACAAAAGAAAAGCAAGAAGAAGGCUCGUAAGGACAACUGAAAGCGCUUCACGUGAAAGAAAACAGAGUUUCUUGCGCAGAAAUACUGAGUGAGAAUCCUGCUUGGCCCGUAACAGAGGCCGUAAACUCGCGUUCGGUCAAAUCAGGUGUGUCCUUAGUCGACUUAAUCGUUCACCACCUGACCACAAUUCCCUUGUCCCGUGUAAAUAAGUACGGAUCGUACUGGUUUCGCGACAGUCCUCCGGGAUCGUCGCAUAAAAUGGCGUUUAACGUCACGAUCGCUUAAUUAAGGUGAAGAAAGAAAGAAAAAAGUAAAAGAAACAAAAAAAAACUACUAGAGAAAUACCGGGCAUCACAGACUCUAGCUAGUUUAAAAACUUAACAAAAGGGAGACAGACAGAAGUCAGGACUUUUCACAAAAGUUACAAAAAGAAGAAAAAGAAAAGCAAAAUCAAAGGGAAAGACAGAGUUAACUUUACUGCUCAAGUUUUUUGUUUUUCUUGUCUCAGCUAUUUAUCUAACUUAAUUCCAAAAUUGAUAUCCCAAGACUAUGUAUAACAGAGCUCUACUUCACACCCCUUUAGUCUCUACGUGACUUGUCCCUCGUGAGAACAAAAUUGUGAUCUGAAGUUCUACUCAGAACGGUCUAAGGCCACAUUAACAAAGAAACGAGUUUAACUUGACACGAAUAUCCAUAUGCAGGACAAUCUCGUGAAAAGAAAUGGCGUCACCACUACAAAUACAGUAUACAGCCACCGUAUAUAAAAAGAAAAUGUACCAAAAAAGAAAAGACACGGAGAGACACGAUAUCACUCAUACGUCACAUUGUCUACGAUUAGUGAGGCUAACGAAAACGAAGCUACCAAAAACAAAUUCUCUAUCCUCCCUGCCUCAUGAUGAUUAUGAAAAUGGGAUCGUGUAUAACUUGCCUUGAUUGUCAUUUGAGCUUAGAUCUCACCGUGGAACAAGACUUACGUCAAUCCGUGCUCUCGGCCAAGUGAAAUCUUGACAAGAAAUUAUCUCGCACAUGAUUCAAUCAAAAAAGAAAGGAAAAAACCCGUACGUGUAAUGUACGCGCAUGUCGUGCAACGAUUCUUUUCUUUUAUCACGCUAUAAUAAAUCUGGCCGUGGGCAACGCUAAAGUAUAAAUGUAAGAGAACGAAAAGGAAAGUAUGGAGAACAAUUGGAGUCAACAACUCUAUUGGCGCUUUAUACGUUAUAAACGAUACAACAACCGACUUUAUUAUUGAUAUACAAUAUAUCUAUAAUAUAUAUAUAUUAUAAAUAUAAUCUAAAAUAAUAUAGUAGCACCGCGAUGAGUAUUUAACGCGAUGGCUUAGUCGUACGUUAAUUUAUGUAUAAAUGUGCGAUCAUAGAAAGAACCGGAAGAGGAUAUAUCUCACCUCAAUUAACAGUGCUAAAAGAAAAAUCUUCAAUGAUCCUCCUACCGACGUUUUCGAAAACUGGAGCGGUGCAGCUUAUAUUUUACUAAAAAAAAAGGGAUGAAAAUCUGGAAACUAUCUGACCCUCUCUCUCUCUCUCUCUCAUAUGCACACUCUCUUUCUCGCCUUCCGCCAGCCUUGUUUUUCCGUGAAAUAAAUUUUUCUGCUAAUCCCCUCGCCUCAGGCUCCAAAAAAAGUAUAAAUCUUCCGAACCCCGCCAAAAGACCCACUCUGGAUACGACAGGGACUAUUGUAAUUACAUAAUUGAAAAUGCGUCCGAACAGUAUGGGUCAUUUUUAUUCUUGUGUGAUGUAUCGUAUGUAUACAGGGUGUACAAGAAAACUAUGUACCAUGACAGCCUGUAUACGUACGUAUAUAUGUAGCGUAUUUGUUUGUGUUUUGCGAUUAAGAGUUAACUAUUAAUAUUUAAUACUAGGUAUUGUUAGGAUAGAACAAUGGGUGGUAGAGGGACGGAAGCGGCGCGACAAUUUGAAUUGUGAAGAUAAUGCAACAAUGUGAUAAGUGUACUCGAUUACCUGAGCUCAUUACUUGAACAUCCUUACAAUAAUAAUUCCACACGCGCGAACCAUCUGUUAUUGUUGUUUAUUGUUUUUCGAUUAUUAUUACUGUCAUUAGAAUUAUUAUUACUGUUUCACGUGGGAAGCGAAUACGACACGGUACACACCAUUCGACAAUGUAGACAAAAUUGUGUGGGUCAAUGAUAUGAUUGAGAGUGAAAAAUUGCCUAAUUUGAAAAGUAUUUUUUUAAUCCCCCUAUCAGAGAUCAUAAUUCGAUCGGCAUUCGAACAAUGUCUCCUGAGGAUACUCUGCACAGUUGGUUCCUUUUUGGCGUAAGCGAUUCUUCAGUUUCACAGUUUUGCUUCAGAGAAAUGUGACGCAUGUGGGAUAAAAUAUUGAAAUUGAAUUGCUGAGAGGAAAAAAAUGGAAAAUAAGUAUUUUUUUUAAUUAGUCGAUAAUUGAGCCACCAUUGCGAGCUACUGAACUUAUUAACGUGCCAAAAGAAAAAAAAAACAUGCGGCUUGGGACUCUGACAAGAAAAAGAGAAAGAACAAAGAUAGAAAGACAAUUAACCC